UGUCUGUAGUUUCCUGUUAACGGAUGUGCGCGUGAGAUCAAUCCUGCUUUGGACCGAUGGUGGAGUCUGUUUGCGAAACACAAAACGCGCAGGUCUGUUAAGGAGACUCGAGCACACAGGCCUUGUCCUGCAGCCCAUCUUCCGCUGAUGCGUUAUGUCCUUACAUGUGGGCCGCUCUAUAUGUUCCUCCAACAUGGAUAGAGGCUGGGUUAUUGGACACGAGAGGAUAAUCUCUUCAGAAUCUGAACCGCCAAUGUCGGGCCAACCCGGGGUCUCAAGGCCCUGCAUAACGAUUAAAGUGACUGAAAUGCUUCAAGCUGACAAGCCCAAUCCGGCAAAGAAGCCUGUCCAGAUUCGGCCACCAAGCCCAAGGACGUCUCUACCGAAAGAAAAAGACCGCCAGCAUCUCCCCUCUUGUGAGCCCACACCCAAACCCAUCAUUCGACAACGCUCGCGCUCCUUACCGUCCUCCACAGAGAAGAAAAGGAGGAGACGUAGGAAUGCUGGCGUACGCUUUGUUGAUUCACUGGGAAUAGAUUUGGAAGAUGUCCGGCUUUUUAAAUCAGGAGAAGAUCCUUUUGUACCACACCACGUCACUUUUAGACUGUUGAUGGGUGCUGAGAUGGCCGAUGGAAGGCAUCUGGAGAUCUCCUUGCCAUAUCUGAAACCAGUUUUUGCUGAACAACCUGGUGACCAGCCAGACUUUCUGCGUCGACUUUAUCAACAGAAAGUGUGUCUGGAGAAAAUUCAGUGCUUUGAAUUGGGCAUUAUUGGGAUCACUCAAGUGGUAAAUGUACACUUUGAAAAGGAUGUCAGGGUUCGGUAUUCUUUUACAGAAUGGAAGGGUUACACAGAAUCUAAGGCAUCUUGGGUUUCCACGACCACCAAGACCUUAGAAAAGCAGCAGUUCGGCUGUGAUGCAUUUUGUUUUCAUCUGCCGGUCCCUCCUUUCUUACAGCCAGGAGCACUGUUAGAAUUUGCCAUUAAAUACAAAGUGUGUGGGGCUGAAUACUGGGACAACAACAAUGGAGAAAAUUAUAAAUUAGUUUGCCAAAACUACAAACUCACUGUGCCUAAAGAAUGUGAGGAGAGCAUGCUGCAUUUUAUCUAGGAUGCACUUUUAGGUCAAAAACUGAGUUCUGUGUGGAUUCAUAGAAAUACCUUAUCAAAAGUUGUAAACUAUACUUUAUAGAGAUAAGUUUAAAUAUUUCUGGAGCAUUACAUGCAGAUUAAGUUUAUGAUAAUGUUCAUAGUAAAGAUCUGGUUUAACCGUAGCACUUUGGUACUUACACUGUAAAAGAUGCCCUCAAUUAUUUCAGUUUAUUGAUCUUUUGACAAAAUGGCACUUCACUGUAAGAGCAUUUAUUAUUUUGCAAUGCUAAUUUUAUAAUCUUUUGGUUUUGUUUAAGGUGAAAUUUUUUACAUUUAAAAUGUCUAUCUUUACAAAAUACUUACAAAAUAUAUACCCUAUAAUUUCUUUGUUAAACUGAAUCUUUAAAUGGCCAAAAUGCAAUAUUUACCGCCAAGGUAGAACAAAACUUGUUAAUUUUGUAGACAAUUUAUGUCUCUUGCUUUGAAAAAGUAAUAAAUAUAUCCUUAUUUUGUCAGUUGCUUUGGUUGUUAAGGUUUUAUAACGGUUAUAUGUGUAAAGCGUUUCUGCCACUUUGUAAAGUAGAUAAUCCAAAAUGUUCAUUUUAAUGUCACUAUGUUCAUUCAAAAAUGGAUUGUAUUCAAAACAACAGUAUAAUUUUUCUUUUUAAUUCUCCGUUAGACUUUUAUUAAAAAAAAAAGAAGAAUCAAAUGGUUUUCUUUUUAAUCUUUUCUGACUAAAUUGAAAUAAACUAAAUU